CUUCUUUAAGAGGCUGCUUACAUUGGAGGAUUCAACAUUUACACAAUAUCUUUAUUCUCUUUUUCUAAGACAUGAGCAAAAGCCAAUUUCUAGACACACUGACCUUCACACUGGUUGAGCAGAAUGCCACCUCCUCAGGAAAAUGGCUGCUAGCAUGCAUCAACUGAGCGCAGACCUUCAGCCCGGCAACGCCAGCUGUAAUGUCUCUUCCUUUAGGUGCCUGGACAACGUCCUGCAGCUGCCCACCUUCACCACGGCCGCCAAAGUCCGGGUGAUCAUCACCUUCAUCCUGUGCGGCGUGUCGGCCUUCUGCAAUCUGGCUGUGCUGAGGGCGGCCUAUGUGGACGGGAAACGGAAGUCCCACGUCAGGGUGCUGAUCAUCAACCUGACGCUGGCCGAUCUGCUGGUGACUUUUAUUGUGAUGCCGGUGGACGCCGUGUGGAACAUCACGUUACAGUGGCUUGCGGGAGAUGUUGUCUGCCGGGUGCUGAUGUUCCUCAAGCUCCAAGCCAUGUACUCCGGUGCCUUCGUCACUGUGGUUAUCAGUCUGGACCGCCAGUCGGCCAUCCUGAACCCCCUGGCCAUCAAAGAAGCCAGGAAGAGGAACAGGUUCAUGUUGGUGGCAGCGUGGACCAUGAGCAUCUUGCUGUCCGUCCCACAGAUAUUCCUGUUCCACAACGUGACCAUCAAGCAUCCCGAGAACUUCACGCAGUGCACCACAUGGGGAAGUUUCGGGAGACGCUGGCAUGAGACAGCGUACAACAUGUUUACCUUCUCGUGCCUGUUCCUGCUGCCGCUGGCCAUCAUGAUCACGUGCUACACCAGGAUCUUCUGUGAGAUCUCCAGGCGCCUGAAAAAGGACGACAUAUCUUCCAGUGAAGUACAUUUGCGCUGCUCCAAGAACAACAUCCCCAGGGCUCGCAUGAGAACCCUGCAAAUGAGCAUUGUGAUCGUGUUGUCCUUCAUCAUCUGCUGGACUCCCUACUACCUGCUGGGUCUGUGGUACUGGUUCUUCCCAGACCACCUGGAAGGGAAGGUCUCCCACUCACUGACCCACCUCCUGUUUAUCUUCGGGCUGGUCAACGCCUGUCUGGACCCGCUCAUCUACGGUCUCUUCACUAUUCACUUCCGCAAGGGCCUCCGCAGGUUCUACUCUAGAUCGGAAGCCACCAUAGACACAGAUGUUAACACGAUAAUAACUAGAUUCACCAGUGGCACAAACCCGCUGAAACGGGAGGUCAGCCCCAGCAGCCAGGAGAAGUUCAUGAUGUGCGGCAAUAAUGACAGCUCAAUGACAGGAGGCAGUGUUCUAAUGACACACAACAAUGCAGAGACAUACCUGGAGAGCGCCAUAUGAAUACAAAUAUGACAAUUUGCUUACGUAAUUCAACAAAUCCAGAUUUAUGCUGUGACAUGUACUUUAGGGAUAAAAGU